CUAACAGCUCUCAACACAUACAGGCUUAUAGCCAGUAGAGAAACUUAAAGUCAAUGCAUGAGAGUGUAAUAAAUAAUAGAUAUACUUCAUUAAGUAAGAAAAAAAUGGUUAGAAAGAGAAAAGGAAGUGAUCAAGAGGAAGAAGAGAGAGAAAGCAGUAAUGAAAUGUCAGUUGGAAACAAGGGUUGGAACAAUGAGACAACUUCAGCAACAGCAGCAGCAGCUGUUGCUUUGAAUGGAGUUGGUAGGACACGAAAGAGAUAUGUCGGUGUAAGGCAGCGGCCAUCCGGGAGAUGGGUGGCUGAGAUCAAAGACACCAUACAGAAGAUAAGAGUGUGGCUGGGGACUUAUGACACAGCUGAGGAGGCUGCAAGAGCUUAUGAUGAAGCAGCUUGUUUGCUCCGAGGAGCUAAUACUCGAACCAACUUCUGGCCUUGCACUCCUCCUCAUGCAAAGCCAGCACUUCCCUCAAGAAUAGUCAAUCUUCUCCUUCUUAGGCUCAAAGCUAGAAAUAUCAGUAAUAAUCAUAACUUGAGUAAUAACAAUAACAAUAUUCGUGGUUCAAUGGCUUUCAAUUUUCCCUGUAUCCAACAAGAUCAGCAUGCAGAGGAAGAUCCUAGGGAAGAUACCCUGUUUGAUAAUUUGUUCAAUGAGCAAGAAUAUUGUAGGAUGAAGGAACAUAAUGAUGUUUCGAGUAACAACAUUAGUGAUAUAACUACAGCUGAUUACAUGGAUGAGAGUUUUGAAUGGAGCCUUGUUGGGACUAAUGAGAGUAGUACUAAUAAUCAUGGUGCUAGAUUUGAUGGGGUAAAUCAAUGUAAAGAAGAGAAUAAAGAAGAGUUUGAUCAGAUAGGAGGUGUGGAUCUCAGGUUUGUAGACUCAUUGCAUUCAUUUCCUGGCUACUACUGUGAUCCUUUCGAGAUUGCGGAAGAGAUGGUUAAGCCAAUGGAGACAGAAAAGUAUGAGGAUGAAGAAACUAUUAUUGGAGAGGCCAUGAAGAGAAUGAAGUAUGAAAGAAAAUUCUCAGCUUCUCUUUACGCCUUCAAUGGAGUAUCAGAAUGUUUGAGGCUGAAACUUGAUUCAAGCACUGAAAGAGUAGGAGAAUUAAUGCAGGGAGAAUUAUUCAAACUAAAAAAUGAGCUAAAGGUUGAAAAGGAUAAGAACAGCCAAUGUUUCAAGGAAGAAACUAUUAUGGAGAGGGUGCAAGAGGAGGCUGGGAUGAAUCUUCAAUCACCAACAGAAGUAGGAUCACUUUCUUUUUCUUACCCAUCUUCUUCUUCUUCGUCGUCGUCGUCGGUGAGUCCAGAAAGUGGCGAACUUCUUUGGAGCCCUCUGGAAUUUCCACCUUGCUAUUUUUGAUUUGAAGCAGAUAUGAAGAUCAUCAUGACAUGGAUUAGUCUUUGUAUCGUGUUUUGGUACACUUGGAAGAUUGUUAGUUCAGACUAAGCAACACCAAAUUUAUUCAUUACAUACAAUUUCAUUUCAACAAAUGAUAUAUUCAGAAUUUAUUUUUUUUCAGACUAGCUGUUGGAAUAAUAUCUUAUAGAAUCAGCUGCUUAAAGAGAAGUUGUUGAAUAGUUUUAUCUUUGUCUAAUUGUUUUUUUUAGUAUUGGUAUGCAAAAUUGGCAUGUAUCCAAUGAAUAUGAAAUGCUGAUCUUCAAAUAAGGCCAUUCUUUCAUUAUAAAUAUAUUAAGCAUGUUGAA